AUGACACCGGUCAACACCACAGCAACGUUGUGGUUGAAAAUCACCUACAUCUCCAUGGAGGUUAUCAUCGGGCUCUGCGCUGUCGUGGGCAACAUGCUGGUCAUCUGGGUGGUCAAGCUGAACCCCAGUCUGAGGACCACCACCUUCUAUUUCAUAGUCUCCCUAGCACUGGCUGACAUUGCCGUUGGGAUACUGGUCAUGCCUUUGGCUAUUGCUGUCAGCUUAGAAGUGAGGAUGCACUUCUAUACCUGCCUUUUCAUGGCCUGCGUGAUUCUGUUCUUCACCCACGCCUCCAUUAUGUCCUUGCUGGCCAUCGCUGUAGACCGUUACCUGCGGGUCAAGCUGACAGUCAGAUACAGGGCGGUCACCACUCAAAGAAGAAUAUGGCUCUCCCUGGGCCUUUGCUGGGUAGUAUCUUUCCUGGUGGGACUGACCCCCAUGUUUGGCUGGAAUAAAAAAGUGAUCUCAGGGCUCGCCCCAAAUAUCACCACCCUUUCGUGCCAUUUCCGUUCGGUCGUGUCUUUGGACUACAUGGUCUUCUUCAGCUUCAUCACCUGGAUCCUCAUCCCUCUCCUUGUCAUGUGCGUCAUCUAUCUGGACAUCUUCUACAUCCUCCGUAAGAAACUCAGCCAGAACUUAUCUGGCUUUCGAGAGACACGUGCAUUCUACGGGCGGGAGUUCAAGACAGCCAAAUCCCUGUUCCUGGUUCUCUUCUUGUUUGCUUUGUGCUGGCUGCCGUUGUCCAUCAUCAACUUUGUUUCCUACUUUAAAGUUAAUAUACCAGAGGUCGCAAGGUGCCUGGGGAUCUUGUUGUCCCACGCGAACUCAAUGAUGAACCCUAUUGUCUACGCUUGUAAAAUAAAAAAGUUCAAGGAAACCUACCUUGUGAUUAUCAAAGCUUUUAGGGUCUGUCAGAGCUCAGUUUCCUUGGAUUCCAACUCUGAACAGACUACUGACACAUAA